AUGACACAAAGAAAUCCAGUAGCAGCAAAUUCAUCAUCACCUGACAGUGAUUUUAGUAACCAACAAUGGUCUUUUGAAAUCUCUGACUACUUGAGUUUCGAUGACAUUGAUUGGCAACAAAUUGAUCCUAUGACUGAUCAGUCUUCUGUUUAUCAAGCCUACGAAGUAGCAGGCAUCAGCAACAUUGAGUGGUCUUCUACUCAUACCAGAGAUACUAAUAAUAUUAAAAUGAGUGGAGGAGAGAAUAUUUGGAAGAAGGAAGUUAAGGAGAGAGUUGCAUUCAAAACAAUGACAGAGGUUGAAAUACUUGAUGAUGGUUACAGAUGGAGAAAGUAUGGAAAGAAAAUGGUCAAAAACAGCCCUAAUCCAAGGAAUUAUUAUAGGUGUUCUGUGGAGGGAUGUCCUGUAAAAAAGAGAGUUGAGAGGGAUAAUGAUGAUUCAAGAUAUGUCAUAACAACCUAUGAAGGCAUGCACACACACCCAACUUCUUCAUAG